CACCCAUCUUCUCAACGUUCCAUCCAGUGCCAGCCGUCCGAUCACAAUCUCGUAACGGAAAUCUACGAUACCCUGCGUAACCCUCCAUAUAUGGAGCCCUCCGUACGCGCAUCUCGCCACUCGCCCUCGCGAUCGUCCAAUCGUCCUCCUCGCACCAUCUUUUCCUGUUAAGAGAAAAAAAAUAAAAAAUAAAAAAUAAAAAUCCAACUUACUCAAAUUCGGUUCACUAUUCUUCAAAUUUCUGUUUGGUUUGUGAGAACAUUUUGUCACAAUGGAUGGCCUUUUUAUCCCAAAUAUUUGGUUUUCCGUAAUUCGGGACUCCACAAAAUGAGAUUUCACUGCAUGUAUCUAUCUCAACGGACAUUCUCGUAUUUUUUUCCCCUCCAGAAGCAAAAAUUUCUUUUGAUUUUUAUGUUCUUGGGUUUUCCUCAGUUUUCUCAGCAAACAAGGAACUGGGUCGCGGAAUUUCGCGUGUUUUCUGUUAGUGAAUUUAAUCCUGUUAUGUUACUUUAAUUUAUAAUUCUUAACCGCUAGGUUGCAUUUGCAUGGCGUUGACUUUGUUUGAGGAUCAGGUAGUUUGUGAUUAAUUGCCUAGAAAUUUGAAAAUUUAGAGCCAACGUUUCUGAAUUCUUGAUUUUUCUGCGACUGGGGCAAUGGGAUAGUUUGUUGUGGAUUAGAAAUAGUUGAAUUUUCUCUUGAUUUUUCAUCCUCUGGUCUUGUCCCCCCUCCCCCCUCAAUUGUUUUUGUUGAUUUCGUCUCGAGUUUUGGGAUCUCUGUUUGUCUAUGGAUUCCGAUGUUAGAGAUUCUAACAGCCGUAAAGUUAAGCCUCUCGCGAGUCUAGAUGCUCAAAGGGUAGAACUUCAAAAGGAAGAAGAAGGGGAUAAUGAGUCCGAUGCAUUGUUGCCGCCUCGGAGAGAUGGGAUGUUGAGAAGAUCGGAGAAGACUCCGCGGAAAGUGCAGUGGAAUGAUAAGAUUGGGAAUAAGCUGGUCGAGGUGUUGGAAUUCCAACCCAGUGAUGUAAGUGACAGUGAUGAUGACGAGGCUGAUUCUUGUAUCUGUACCAUAAUGUAGAUUACAUUCAAUAUCCAACCCAGCUGAAAAUGUGUACUGCAUGACUGCAGUGAUGUAAGUGACAGUGAUGAUGACGAGGCUGAUUCUUGUAUCUGUACCAUAAUGUAGAUUACAUUCAAUAUCCAACCCAGCUGAAAAUGUGUACUGCAUAGAGAGUUUUUCCCCUCCAACCCUGACUUGGUUUUAGCAUGAAGGUGGUGCUACCAAGCUGCUGCUACAAGGGUGUACCAAAGGUUUUAGUAAACAGCUGAGCAUUCUUUCAUGUUAUGGCACCAUUUUGUUUCUUUUUGUCAAUGACUUCAACAUUAUUUCUUAGGCAGAGGGGAAGUGAGUUUUCUAAUGAAGAGAGCUACACCGCACAGGUUGUAUCCCAGAGGCAAAAGCAAGCCAGGAUGAAGAACACAUGCUUCCAUGUUAUGUACAGUACCAUUAACUCAUUAAGCUCUUCAAUGUUUUUGUUAGCUACAUUAAUGUACUUGACUUUGUUUCAAACUCAAAUUAUGUAUGAUCAUGUUGUUUGAUAUGAAGUCAAAACACUUCAAUUCUGGUCCA